UCGUCACCUUCUCGGCAACUUCCAUAUAAAACUACCUCCUCUCGCUUCUUUCUCCACAUUCACACCGUAAAUCACUCCAAAAGCAUGUCGUGUUGUCCAUCUGGUGCUUGGCCGGAAUUGAAGCCGGACCCCGAAUAUCAGGAUGCCGGACGUGUGGUUGAGUCAAAUGGCUUGAAUCUGUACAUAGUCGGCAAGUCCGAGAAAUGCAUCAUCUGGAACUACGACAUCUUCGGCUUCAAUUCGGGACGAACCCGGCAAUUAGCCGAUCAAUUGGCCCACGAGGGUCAGUGCAUGGUGAUUGUCCCGGAUUAUUAUCGGGGAACCAUGAAGGACCCGACAGAACCGGAUCUUGUCGAGUUUGUUAAGAAGAACACUCAGUGGGAGCAGUUGAAGGUGGAUAUUGAGAAAACCGUGUUGCCUUAUGCCAAAGGGCAAGGCGCCAAAGUGUUUGGCACCAUUGGAACAUGUUGGGGAACCUUUUUGGUGCUAUGUCUCUCAGCCUACCCCGAGAUCAAGGCCGGUGUGGCUCUGCAUCCCUCCCAUAGCCCCAUAUCUGGAAUGGUGGACUUCCCGGAAAAAUCACUCCUGGAGUUUGCCAAGGGCACGCCCCAACUGUUUAUGCCGGCGGGCGAAGACUCGCCCAAUGUGAAACCCGGUGGUUUGGCAUCCGAAAUCUUGGGGUCCGAUCUGACCAUAAAAGAGUUCCCGGAAAUGAGCCAUGGUUGGACCACUCGUGGGGACUUGGCCAAGCCUGAAGUCGCCAAGGAUGUGAAAUUGGCUAUGAGCGAAGCUUGCGCCUUCUUCGCCAAGCACGUCCAAUGAAACCACAU